AGACUCACUUCUAAAACCCUAACUGGGAUAUACUCCACCAAACUCGGACCGGCAUACAUAAAUCUAGGGUUUUUCAUUUUUCGGGUUCUGCUCGCAUCGAAUCCCUGAAACCUUAAACAGAGAGAUUCGUAUCAGGAGAACCGUGGUUACCAUCUCACGGAGGUCCAAUGGCCGCCAACAAUAAUCCGCCGUCAUCUUUGGAGAGAGAACAGAUCUUUGGAAUGGCCGAAAAGGAGAUGGAGUAUAGGGUCGAGUUGUUCAACAAGCUUACACAUACAUGUUUUAAUAAGUGCGUCGAGAAAAGGUACAAGGAGUCUGAACUAAAUAUGGGCGAAAAUAGUUGCAUUGAUCGCUGUGUUUCAAAAUAUUGGCAUGUGACUAAUCUAAUUGGCCAACUGCUCGGUUCCGGUCGUCCUCCUAUGUGAAACUGAGGCAGCUCCCAUUUUAAAGCUGUUCUACAUUAGUUAGAUGCUAUGCUGGCUGCCUGCCAAAGAAGGUGGAGACUAGAAUUAUUACCUUUUUUUUUUUUGUCUUUUUGUACCUAACUUUAUGAGUUGAUUUCCAUUUUAUUGUUUGAAAGGGGGAAAAUUAGCAUCAUUGUGAAUUUAUGCUGGCCCUAGCUCAAGUCUGAAAAAGUGUUUGCUCUUUCAUCAAUGAGAAAUCAUUCUUUGCCAGUUCAAAUCUGGUUCUUGGCA